CUGUUUCUCUGUCUCUCUCUCUCUUGCUCUUGUUUUUGAGUAACAACAACAACAACAACAACAGAAAAUAGAGGCUGUAAGAAACAAGUGAAUGCUCCUUCGACACCACCAACACCAACAACCAGUCGAUUCAUCAAACGUUUUGUUCCAUUCAGUUCAGCUCAGCUCAGCUCAGUUCAGCGCCAGGCAGCAGGCAGCAGGCAGCAUCCAGCACUGACGAUUCCAACCUCACUUUUGUGCCGCACAAUUUACCAGCUCUGCAGCUUUUGUCAUCUCUUCCACACAUACAGGCAACAAGAGAGACAGGACUCUAGAUUCUGACUCUGUUUAGCUUCAACUUUUAGAAAUUUUCUAGUUUUCCAGCUGAACGCCGAUAGCGCAUAUAUUAUAUAUGUAUAUUUGCGAAAAUGGAAGUGUUUCACGGCGCUAGCAGCAACAACUUCAGUAAAAUUCUGUGAAACCUAAUGGCAAUUAAACAAUACAAUAAUUAAAGCUAAAGCACAAUUAGCAGCGGUGUGUUCCAACUAAAAUACAAGAACUAAAUCAACUUCCCCAGAAAACACUUCCAAAAGAAGAGAAAAACCGAAGCGUAACUUGAACAAUAAAACAUUAAUUUUAGCUGAAGGAGAAUUUGAGGAGCGCACAUUGCAAAUGAUUCAACUGCUUCCUAACUAAGCUAAGUGCGAGGGAUACUUUAAGGGUAAAACAUAUAUAUAUAUAUAGGUAUAUAUAUAUAUAUUUAAAUAACUGAAAUAUAAAAGAUAACAAGAACAACUGCAACACGUUACGGCAACCCCAGCAGCAGCAGCAGCAGCAGCAACAAACAUGUCACUCGCCGUCGCCAACAAAACAGAAACGGAAAACUGCAUCAGCAGUAGCAACAGCAACAGCAACAGCCUCAAACAGUCGCCACAGCCCGCACAGCAACCCAACAACAACAGCGAUGCUACGUUCUCAUUGCUGAACGGCACUCACUCGCAUCAGCGCAGCAAUGGACUCACUGCUGCGGCGCACGCAGCUGUCAGCUAUGCCAGCGCCGGCAGCGGAAGUGGUGCGGGCAAUGGCAGUGGUAUUGUCGGCGGUGGUGGUGCGGGUGCGGCAGCUGGCCUCAAUGCGGCUCUGCUUGGCGCUGCGCCGGCCACAGCGCUGCCCAGCAAUGGGGGCCUGCAGUCACCAUACGAGCGCUACAGAGUCGAUGAUACCAGUUACGUGCCCAUCGGACAGUUCUACGCUGGACGAAGCGUUUUCAUUACGGGCGGCACUGGCUUUAUGGGCAAGGUGCUUGUUGAGAAACUGUUACGUUCAUGUCCGGAUAUAAGAAAUAUAUAUCUGCUGAUACGACCGAAGCGCGGCCAAGAGGUUUCGGCGCGCCUUACGGAACUCCUAAAUGCACCGCUAUUCGAAUCAUUGCGUCGCGAGAAGCCGAAGGAAUUAAGCAAAGUCAUACCCAUAUCCGGCGAUAUAACAUCGGAGGAACUGGGCAUCUCAGAGAGCGAUCAAAGCCUACUUUGUCGCAAUGUUUCCGUUGUAUUUCAUUCGGCUGCCACUGUGAAAUUCGAUGAGAAGCUCAAGCUUUCAGUCACAAUCAACAUGCUGGGCACAAAGCGGUUGGUCGAACUCUGUCAUCGCAUGAUGUCCCUAGACGCACUUAUUCAUGUAUCCACUGCCUAUUGCAAUUGCGAUAGAACCGAUGUAUCAGAGGUUAUCUAUGCACCACCCUAUAAUCCCGAUGAUAUCAUCUCAUUAAUCAACUGGCUUCCGGAGGAUAUACUUGAUCAGCUGACACCGCGCCUCAUUGGCAAGCGCCCCAAUACGUAUACAUUUACAAAAGCCUUAGCGGAGCAUAUGUUACUUAAGGAGGCUGGAAACCUGCCCGUUGCCAUUGUGAGACCCUCAAUUGUGACUGCCAGCCUGAAUGAGCCCUUUGCCGGUUGGGUGGAUAACUUUAAUGGGCCAACGGGUCUAGUCUCGGCGCUGGCCAAGGGCCUCUUCCGUACAAUGAUGUGCGAAAAGAACUACGUGGCCGAUAUGGUACCUGUUGAUAUUGUGAUUAAUUUAAUGAUUGCCGCUGCCUGGCGCACAGCGACGCGUAAAUCCAAUAAUUUACUCAUAUACAAUUGUUGUACCGGCCAACGUAAUCCCAUCAUAUGGUCUGAGUUUGUCACGUAUGCCAUGUCCAGUGUGCGCAAACAUCCCUUGGAGGGCUGUCUGUGGUAUCCAACUGGUGACCUGCGCAUGAAUCGUCCAAUGAACACGCUGAACUGUAUAUUAAAACAUUUUCUACCAGCUCACAUACUGGAUGCUGUGGCGCGCAUUAUGGGCAAGAAGCCAUUUGUUGUCAACGUACAAAACAAAAUUGCCAAAGCUGUCGAAUGCUUAGAAUAUUUUGCCACGCGUCAAUGGCGUUUUAAGGACGACAAUGUGAAUGGCCUGCUGCACACGCUCAGUCCCAAGGAUCGUGAGAUAUUUGUAUUUGAUGUGCGCAACAUAAACUGGGAUAAAUAUGUGGAGCGCUAUGUUUUGGGCUUUAGGGAGUUUUUAUUUAAGCAGCGUCCCGAAUCGCUGCCCGCCAGCAGAAAGCGUAUGGUCAGAUUGUACUAUCUGCAUCAGCUGAUAAAGGUGGUUGCUGUGCUGCUCACCUGGCGUUUUCUUAUGUCACGCUCGAAGCGCUUAAAUGAUUUGUGGAGCGCGUUUCUGGAAAAUGUGCUCAAGAUCGCGCGCCUAAUACCAUUUUUGUAAUAAUCCGGCUGACAACUGCAGCAACAACAGCAACAGCAACAGCAUAAAUCUUGUCUGGUGAUGUUCUUCUUUGCAAUUUCUAAAUGCCUUCAACAUGGCAUACGUUUUAGAGGUUUUUAGCAAAUAAUUAUAAUCAUAUUUUUAUAUAUGUUAAACGAGUAAACAAACCUAACAAUCGGGUUCAUUAAAUAUGGCAUCCGUGGAUAAGAAAAGACGAAAACACACAAAUACAGAUGCGGUGCCAGGUGUCUGCCCACACCUGCCCACCGGUCGGAUGUGCAAUUUUUGAGAUACAGACAUAUAUAUAUAAAUAUAUAUGUAUAUGUAUAUAUAUACAUAUUUAAAUGCCUCUCCAAGGGUGUCGGUUCUCUCGUUGGCGAGUUAAAGACGUAAUUUUUGUAAAUUUUGUGCAGUCAACUAAGUAAAAGUAAUACUAUUAUAAUACGAAUCAAAUAAAGCGUAU